AUGAAAGAACCAAUUGAUAUUUGUUCCGUUCAUUCAAAAGAUUACUCAUUCAUUCCUUUAGUAAUGUUUGCAUUACCAAGAAUGGAUACAUCUGUAAAACGUCUUGAUAAUUUGAAUAUUCGUCUUGAAUCUGUUGCAAAUAACUUACAAUCAUCUUCUGGUAAAACUGGUACAAGUCAUAAGAAUUCAUCCAAUGAACAUGUAGAUAAUUUACCUGUUUUGCGUGAUUAUAAUGCCAUUAUAAAUGAUAGUCUUGCGUCAUUUGUGACACAUUCUCGUAAAAUUGGUGGCGAAGUAUCAAUAAUGAUUGAUCACGUUGCACGACUAUUUGUUGCUCAACAAGAAUUUCUUCGACAAGCUAUACAAACUAAAAAACCGGCUAAUAAUCAACAAAUCGCAGAAUUUGUUAAGCCACAAUCAAAUGAAAUUGAAACAAUUGCUGCUUUUACAAAUAAAAAUCGUAAAUCAAUAUUAUUCAAUCAUUUAUCAUCGAUUUCUGAAGGUAUUCCAGCAUUGGGUUGGAUUCUCAUUUCACCGACACCGGCUCCAUAUAUUAAAGAAAUGUUAGAUGCUGCACAAUUUUAUACGAAUCGAGUAUUGAAAGAUUUCAAAGAAAAAGAUCCUAUUCAUGUCGAAUGGGUUAAACAAUGGAUAAAAAUCUUAAAUGAAUUGCAUGCAUACGUUAAACAAUAUCAUACAACUGGUUUAGCUUGGGGCACAUAUAAUCAACGUGAUUCAAGUGCUUUUGUUCGAAGUGCACAACCACCUUCUGCUCCUACGUGUUCAUUUUCCAAUUUGCAAAUUAUCGAUAGUUCAUCACGAACAGGAGUUAUGCAUUCAAUUAAUUCUUUAGGUACAACUGCAACAUCUCAUUUAAAAAAAGUACCCGAUGAACUUAAAGUUUCUAAAAAUCCCCAUUUGAAAGAACAACCCAUUGAACGAUCAAAUAAAUUUCAAACAAAUGUGUCAAAUAAUUCACCGAAUUCAACUGUGAAUCCGCCCAAAUUAGCUCUUGAAGGUAAUAAAUGGAUAGUUGAGUAUUAUUCCAAUCGAGCAGAUUUAAAAAUAACAGAAACCAGUAUGAGACACACGGUGUAUAUUUAUAAAUGUUCAAAUACAACAAUAACAAUUCAAGGUAAAGUUAAUUCGAUUGUACUUGAUCAAUGUACAAAAGUUGGCAUACAAUUUACAUCUGUUGUAUCAUUGAUUGAAUUUAUUAAUUGUCGUGGAAUGAAAGCACAAGUAUUGGAAAAUGUACCAACAGUUCAAAUUGAAAAAACUGAUGGAUGCCAUAUUUAUUUAUCUAAAAGUUCAUUAAGUACAGAAUUUAUAACUUCUAAAUCAUCGGAAAUGACAAUUAAUGUUCCAUGCGGUGAUGGAGAAUAUAAAGAAUAUCCAAUACCAGAACAAUUUAAAACAUAUUUACAAGGUGGAAAACAACUUUGUACUGUACCGAAUGAAUCAUCAGGUGUUUAA